GAGCUAGUAUAUAAGGCAAGGGGCCAACACAAACAUGUCAGUCACAUCGGCUUGGCAUAGGCUUCUCUUCUUGACCAACCAAAAUCCCCACAAACUCUAAAGAGAUGGCACCCAAGAAAGCCAAGAAGAGGCAGCAGCAGGGAGAGGGUGGAUCCUCCAAUGUGUUCUCCAUGUUUGAGCAGAGCCAGAUUCAGGAAUACAAGGAGGCUUUCACAAUCAUUGAUCAGAACAGAGAUAGCAUCAUCAGCAAGGAUGAUCUUAGGGACGUGCUGGCCACUAUGGGUCAACUGAACGUGAAGAAUGAGGAGCUGGAAGCCAUGGUCAAGGAGGCCAGCGGCCCCAUCAACUUCACCGUCUUCCUCACCAUGUUCGGCGAGAAGCUGAAGGGUGCUGAUCCCGAGGAUGCUAUUGUGAGCGCUUUCAAGGUCCUGGACCCCGAGGCUACCGGCUUCAUCAAGAAGGAAUUCAUUGAGGAGCUCCUGACCACCCAGUGCGACAGGUUCACCGCCGAGGAGAUGACCAACCUGUGGGCUGCCUUUCCCCCAGAUGUGGCUGGCAACAUAGACUAUAAACAGAUCUGCUAUGUCAUUACACACGGAGAAGGAGGAUGAGUAAAUCCACUUUUUCAAUCCCUAUGCCUCUCUCCGUCAUCACCCUCACAACCCACCUUCUCCAACUCAGUGGCCCGCUUACACGCUCCCCUCGCUCUUCUCUCCAUCUCCACCCCGCUCACUAUGAAAGACUUGUCUCCUUUAUCGAGAUACUUUGAGUUGAGAGGCUUGAAGGCUGUGGAGGUAUGCUGUGUGUGAGUGUCGACAGUGGGAUUAUUUGAAAAUAAAAUAAUCUUGUACCAUCAAAA